UACAUCAAUUGACACCGGAAACCUCCUCCAGAUAAGGUGGGGUUUAAUGUGCCCAUCAAUGUUUCUAUUUUUUCGCCAGGGGGAGGUUGAAUUACUCGCUUGUUCGAGGCAGGGGAGAACGUGCGAGUGAGUUGGUCAAGUUCAAGUGUCGGUUAAUAUUAGUCGCGAUUCGCGGCGUCCUCAUGUUUCUGCAGUGUGUGUAGAAACUGUUUAUAUCAUCCUGCGUCGUUCGCCUGAUAUCAUAACUGAAAUUAAACAGCGUUAGUGUCCAGCCAGGAGGAAGACACAAAUAAACCGCACUGCACCAGGAAGUUAGAGCAACUGCCCGGGUUCAGGAUGACGCAGUGGGAGAAGCUGCAGCGCCUGGACUCUGUGUACCUCCAGCGGUUGGACGAGCUGUACGGCCAGGAUGAGUUCCCCAUGGAUGUCCGGCACUACCUGGCCCACUGGAUAGAGACCCAGGACUGGGUCAGAGCGACGCAGGACCCCUCCGUGGCCAGUGUCCUCUUCCAGGUCCUGCUGGAGAACCUGGAUAACCAGCACAGCCGCUUCCUCCAGGAGACCGACACCUUCCUCCUGCAGCGCAACUUCCGCCGCUUCAAGCAGAACUUCCAGGGUUUUCAGGAGGAUCCGUGUUACUUGGCCAAAGUCAUCCAGUGGUUUCUGGAAAAGGAGCAGGAAAUCCUUCAGUCUGCCCUGCUGGCUGAACAGGUGCAGCUGCUGCAGGUCCAGCAGAACCCUAUGGAGACGGACAGCCAGAGGUGUCUGGACAGGAAGAUCGAGGAGCUCCGUGGCAAAGUGCAGGAGAUGGAACACCAUGUGAAGUCACUUGAGGACCAGCAGGAUGAGUUUGACUUUAAAUAUAAGACACACAUGAUGGAGGGCAACGCUAACGAGAAGGAGAAGAAAGAGGAAAUGCGGAUUCUGCAGGAGCUGCUCAAUCGACUGGACACCUCCAGGAAGGCCCUGCUGGGACGGAUGAGCAGUGUCCUGGAUCUGGCGGAGGAGCUGCUGAACUCGCUGGUGGGGGAGGAGCUGCCGGCGUGGCGGCGGCGCCAGCAGAAGGCGUGCAUCGGUGCGCCCGACAGCGUGUGCCUACAGCAGCUGGAGCGCUGGUUCACAGUGGAGGCCGAGAGCCUGUUCCAGCUGAGGAAACUCCUCAAGAAGCUGGAGGAGCUGAUGGGCAAGGUGACCUACGAGGGCGACCCCUUCAAGACCAAGAAACCUGCCCUGCAGAAGAGAGGGGACACCCUGCUCAAUGAGCUGCUCAAGAGCGCCUUCAUUGUGGAGACGCAGCCCUCUAUGCCCCAAGGCAAGGGUCCCCUGGUGCUGCGGACCAACGUGCAGUUCUCGGUCAAGACCAGACUUCUCGUCAAAGUGCCAGAGCUGAACCACUCCAUGAAAGUAACUGUGGCGAUUGACCGGGAUGCUCAACCAGUGAAAGGGUAUCGCCGGUUUAAUGUGUUGGGGAACAGCAGCAAAGCUCUGAACAUGGCUGAGUGCACUAACGGGGGUAUGGUGGCAGACUUCCGACACCUGACGCUGAAGGAGCAGAAGGCAGGCAACGGAGGCAAGGGGAUGAAUGAUGGCACGCUGAGUGUCACAGAGGAGCUCCACAUCAUCAGCUUUGAGACCCAUUUCGAGUGGUGCGGCGUGUCUGUGAGGCUGGUGACCUCCACGCUGCCUGUGGUCAUCAUCUCCGGCGCCAGUCAGCAGCAGAAUGGAUGGGCUUCAGUCCUGUGGUUUAACAUGCUGUGCACUGACCCUAAGAACAUAGAAUUCUUCAACAGCUCCUCGAGCGCGACCUGGCCUCAGCUGGCGGAGAUGCUGAGCUGGCAGUUCCUGUCGAUGACAAAGAGGGGGCUCGACUCAGACCAGCUCGGCAUGAUUGCGCGGAAGCUCUUUGGGAAGCAGCAGAACUACGACUCCUUCAGGGUCACCUGGGCGAGGUUCUCCAAGGAGAACUUGCCUGGUCUGGGCUUCUCCUUCUGGCUGUGGUUCGAUGGUAUCCUGGUGCUGGUGAAGAACUUCCUGGAGAAACUGUGGAAGGACGGAUACAUCAUGGGUUUUGUGAGCAAAGGAAGUGAGAAGGUGCUGCUGAAGAAGAAGCAGGACGGUACCUUCCUGCUGCGCUUCAGUGAGAGCUCCAGGGACGGCGCCAUCACCUUCUCCUGGGUGGAGUACUCUGUUGAAGGGAAGCCCAGUGUGCGCUCUGUACAGCCCUUCACCAGGGAAGACCUCAAACAGAUCCCCUUGCCUGAGAUCAUCCGGAAUUUCCAGAUCCUGGUGGCAGAAAACGUACCUGAAAACCCUUUGAAGUACCUGUAUCCCAACAUUCCCAAGGACGAGGCAUUUGGGAAAUACUACUCGCACAGUAACACAGAUGAGAAAAGUUAUAAAGACUACCUCAAACACAAGCUGGUCUUCGUCUCUUCAGAGAACACAGUAGAAGCUCAGCCUUCUGUGGACACAACAGACACUCCACAAGACCCUGCUGUGUAUCCGGAAGGCGUGGCGCCUAUGAGCGCAAUGAGCCCUCUUUGUGACGUAAAGAAUGGCGACGCGGACGCUGCUGGCUUGACCCCCUCUGACGUUCUGAUGUUUGACCAAACGCUCAGCCUCCCGGACCACCCGGUGCAGGUGGAAGGUACCGGGGCGCCCAGCCCGCAGGUGGAUCCGGGCAUCGGGGUGCCCGACUGCACCUUCCUGAUGGCCGACCCCUUCAUGGCCGGGGACGGCAGCCUGGACGAGACAAGCUGCCUCCUCGCCUCCGACCACGUGUCCAGCCUCUCAAACUUCUUGUUCGCUCACGAGCAGGCGGCCUUGAUGCACCCGUGAGGGCACGCCCCCCCCCUCCCCCCUCCCCGGCCUCGCCCCCGGCUGGGCAGGACGCUCCCCGAGACCCACACAGCCUGCCGCUGCGGAGCAGUCCCAUCCAGUUCCGGCGUGGCCAGCUGCAGGGCUCUGGGAGGAGCCGGCGGUUUACGGGCAGCCGGCCCCCAAACCCGGCAGAAACUGCGCAGCGUCUCGGUGUCGGCUGGGGUCCAAGGGCCGUGCAGCUGGAACCGGGCCUGGAUUGGGUCUGGAACUGCCAGGCGGAGAAAUCCUUGUCCGUUUCCCCGGCUCGUGAUUCCAUUAAAGCAAAUCCACUAAUAUUGCAUAUCACACCUCAGGAUUUACCAGUGUGAGAUAGUGGUUGGCCUUAAUUUACUCCAGCUUCAGAAACAGCACCGCAUCUCUCCAUAUCUUGCCAUUUCCUACUAACCAGCAGUCUUGUGAGUUUACUGUGCCAAUCUCCAGUAGCCUCUUGCGCAUAACUUUUUUUUUUAGUUUGUUGCAGUUAUUUUCUUAUAGGUUUCCCGAUGCACCAAGAGAUUCAAUUGUUAUAACAGAUGCUGAGUGACCCGAUUUCAUAAGGGCCCUGCAAAGGCAGUUGAAACCACUGACACAGAGGACGUGUGAAGUUGCUGAACAAUGCUCCCUGCUGGCCAGCCUGCGUAUUGCACCUGUCUGGUUUUAAUCCGUUUGUCUAGUGACGAAGUGGGUCUGUUUUCUACAAUGAUGGUAUUUCUCAGGUGUCAAAAGACUUUUUUUUUUUAGCAUUCAUCUCUUUAUCACCAGGUUUUUUUUUUUACAUUGUGCACUAAAAUUGAGAUAUUCCCUCAUGCCCACACCUCUCUAGUGGGGGCUGGCUGAAUAGCUGUGUGUACUGGAAUGGUUUUCAAGUUUAGUCAGUUUUACAUAUACUCUCUUAUCUAUAUGCUUGUUUCAUGAUAUUUUAAAUUAGAUCCUUGGGGUAUGAAGUGUGAUAUGCAUUAAGAUUAUAUACAAUGAUGAUGCGUUAUAUACAGUGCCCUCUAAAGGUAUUGGGACAGUGAAGUCCAAAGUGUGAUUUUUGCUUUUCAGUCGAUCAGUUUCAGUUUCCGUUCCCAAGACUUGUAUGAUUGGCGAUAAGAUUGGCCUCCUCUGGAAGGUUGCGUAAUGAGGUUCUGGUUCGGUUCUUGCAAAGCCUUCUGGGACUUGUUUUCCUCAUAGGAUCCGAUUGAGUUAACGAUCAGGACUUGCGUUACUGUACAGCUAUGGCCAGCUGUAAUUCUUCAAAUCCACAAACUCCAUAAUAUUUUCCAAAGCUGCGGAAUUGGAUGAAUUUAAGAUGCAUAAAGCUCAUGUCUAGGCAGGAAACAGGAAGGCACUAUAACCCUUGAUGACAGGACAGGCUGACAUCCUCUGGGACAUUAGGGCGCAGAUGUCCACAGCAAACCCAUAAGUGAGGACAGGGGGGUUCCUGUUUUUACUGUAGAGCUGAGGAAAACAGUUCUUUUAGUUUCACUUAACUAAACCCGUUAUCUAAACCUGAACACCAACCACCGAAUUCUAGAAGCACAAAAGCCUGGAGUUCUCCCGAGCCUUAGUCGAAGACCACGAAUGUCAGUAAGUGGGUGGUCUUCUUGCUUAAACAGCAACCCCAGCAAACUCCCAGAAUGAGAAACACUUUUCACUACACUAUGUUAACCUGGUCCAGUGAGUAUUCUGAAUCUCCUCUGUAAUGGUAGCGAUGUAUUGAGAGACAGAUGUUUAAAAAUAAAUAAAAAAUUAUCAGUGGUAUUAGAUGUUUUAAUGGAACAAGUAAUAGGUUGAUUCCAGG